UGUUUGCAUUAAAAGCCAGGCUGUAAGUGGAUGUGAGACCUGCAUGCCCCCUGUGUUAGGAGUGUAUUGGCGGUAGAGAUGAGUCGGGAGCUACUCCAAAAUACGAGGCCAUCUUGUUCCAGCGACAGCUCACUCUGUACUUACCAAAACAUUCAUUGUACACCCUAAGACAAACGUCUAACUGCCCUGAAGUGCUGUAUUCACCAAAACGGGAAGAAAUGUGCGCGAAUAGAAGGUGUUUUUCGACAUUUCCGAAGGCCCAUUUGUCCAUGACAGUUCAGCACUCAGAGAUCCCCGACCGCGCUCAAACAGAAUCAACUAACUGUUUUUUUUUGUUUUUUUUUUUCCUCCCCACAUGACCCGCCUCCAACGCAGGCCACCGACCAAUCGGGAAGCGCUUUCACCUAUACGUAAUGACGUUUCCGCUGCCGCGCGCAUGCGCAGUUUCAUUUCGUCCAGAGCUCCUCACGGUUCACAUCGAAGAUGGCGGCAGGCUUCGACCUGCUGGUGGAGGAUUCUCUAAUUAAAAGAGUGGGCAAGAAACUUUUUAGCGAGAUUGCAGGUUGUGCCAGAAACGAGCGCAGCACAUUUUAUUGCAUUAACUCCGAGGGAAGAGCACGGGCAGUUGUAAAGAACAAUGCUAACUACGGGAUAGGAGGGAAUGCAACUAGCUAACGUUAACAUUUGUGAGCAAAGAAGCUAUUGGCUACGAGACUUGUUUUUAAAGCAGGUAAUCUCGCAGUGUGUUAAACUGCGCUACGCGGUCAAAAUAUUUCUUCACCACACGAGUUAAAGAGAUAAGGGCGCUCGAUAGAGCCUCGUUUCCAUCGUGAGCCGCGCUCCCCUCACUCUUCACACGGUUGUUUCCUACUUCGCAGACGUACAGGAGGGAAAAGGGGACGGUUUCUGAGUCCCGGCUGUUAGCUGUGGAUGCGAAUUAAAACACGGAUUUACACCCGCCGCUUCGCUAGAGACUUCAGCGGAGCACGGAUAACGCGAUCCGGUGUCUCCAAAUGCUAUGGUAACUACUUUGCCUGGCCACGAAGUCAAGCUCGGGACGUCAACAGUACAAACUUUGGACGGAGGCGAUGCGAUGGAUCCGCGUUCAGAAAGCACGCCAGCGUCGAGCGGCUCCUCGAGCGAUACAACCGCUUCAGCUCCCGUUAACGUUACCGUGCCGGUGGUCAACAACGGGCCCGGUAUAGCGAAAGGACUUGUGACUGCAUCUUCUACUUCAAACACCGUGAUCCAGGCGUCUUUCGUGAACGCGCCGAGCGCGCCAGGCGGAACCGCCACCGCCACCAUCAGGUCAUCUAUGCAACCCGCGACUUUAACCAUUAACGGGAAUAACAGUAACGCCAGCUGUGUGCUGACAGCUGCGCCGCUCACGCACGCGCAGCCUCCUGUCAACGUGAGCGUGAGUCCGGCGGUGCCAAUCAAAGCCGAGUCACCGCAGACCGUGAUUCAGAGCGCGGCCCAUACCGGAUCUCCGCAGGUCUCCCCCGGGGCAGCCAAAGGCGCUGGGCUGAUGCAUGCGACGACGGCGGUGAGAGGCGGAGCCCCGGUGACAGGAGGCGGGGCUCCGGUGACAGCAGCCGCGGCGGGAGGCGUGAGGACCAUCGCGCCGCAACAGGUGCUCGCGCCCCGCCUCCCCCAGAGCACCCCGGGUCACCCCAGCAUCCACAACAUCCAACUUCCUCCAGGUAUGGUGCUGGUGCGAAGCGAAGCCGGCCAGUUGCUCAUGAUCCCUCAGCAAGUGCUGGCUCACAUGCAGGCCACACGCGCUGCAACUCCUGCCAGCACCACGCCCGGACAGGUCACCUCCACACAGCACGUCACUGACGGGUCUUUCCUCUUAGAGAGAGUGACCGAGAGAGAGAGAGAGUCCGAGAAAGAGACCGAGGGAGAGCGUGAGCGAGACAGACAGAGAGAGAGAGAGAAUGAGACAGAGAGAGAGGGAGAAAGAGAGACAGAGAGCGAGAGAGAGAGAGAAAGAGAGAGAGAAGAAAUGCAGAGCAGCUACUGGCUAAAUCAUGACCAUGCUGGAACCCCUGGCGCUACCAUCAUGGCCAGACCAGUGACUCCCACCAUCAUCAAGCAGGGAUCACCCACAACCAGCAGCACCACUGCUCCCACACUGCAGAGACCACCUGUACAGCCGGCGUCGGUGGGCUCUGUGUUGGCAGUGCAGCCGGGUACCGCCCAGAGGAUGGUAACUCCCACUACAGGGACCAGCGUCACCUUGGCAACGGAGACGAUGGAAAACGUGAAGAAGUGUAAGAACUUCCUGUCCACGCUGAUCAAGCUGGCCACCAGUGCGAAGCAGUCAUCGCAAACGGCUGCUAACGUCAAAGAUCUGGUUAAGAACUUGCUGGAAGGGACGAUUGAAGCGGAGGACUUCACCAGCAGGUUAUACAAGGAGCUUAACUCUUCACCCCAGCCUUAUCUCGUGCCUUUCCUAAAGAGGAGUCUUCCUGCGCUGAGAAAACUCACCCCGGACUCGCUGGCCUUUAUCCAGCAGAGCCAAGGCCUGCAGCCCACCAGACCUGCAGCCACUGUGGUGCUGACCAACACUACAACGGCUAAUGCUGCCACUGUUGCUACCGCAACUCCUGCUGCAUCUGUACCUUCUGCAACUCCUUCGAUUUCCGCAGGGACUGCAGCAACCGUCGCAUCUGCUGCAGUUGCCACGGCCCCGCGCACGCUCACCCAGCCCUCUCUCGCCACCACCAGCCAGCCUGCUUCACUGGUGUUGCAGUCUCAGCAGCAGGGUGCGAUUGUGAAGUCCCCCCAGGUUACCCUGGCUACUCCCAUGGUAACGCUCAGGGGUCAGCCGCACAGCCGCAUCGUAGUGGGGCAACCUCAAGUGCAGGUCAAACAGCUUAACACAGUGGCUGUGAAGCCUGGGAUGGUGAGUGGAGCGAAGGUCUCUCCCAGCCCCGUGGCUUUUAAUGCAGCUCAGAAGAACAAGCUGAAGGAUGCCUCUGGGGGGACGUUCAAGGAUGAUGAUGAUAUCAAUGAUGUAGCCUCCAUGGCAGGCGUGAAUCUAUCGGAGGAGAGCGCACGAAUCCUGGCCACCAACUCCGAGUUAGUGGGGGCCGUGACUCGCUCGUGCAAGGAUGAAGCCUUUCUGUUCUCAGCCGCACUGCAGCGCAGGAUACUGGACAUCGGUAAACGGUUUGGAGUGACGGAUCUGGGUCCUGAGGUGGUAAACCUGGUGUCUCACGCCACUCAGCAGAGACUGCAGAACCUUUUAGAGAAAGUCACCGUCAUUGCACAGCAAAAGAACAUGAACUAUAAGGAGGAUGCACGGUUCGAGCAGAUGACUGAUGUUCGCGCACAGCUGAAGUUCUUCGAACAGCUGGACCAGCUGGAAAAACAGAAGAAGGAAGAGCAGGAGAGGGAAAUUCUAAUGAAGGCAGCCAAGUCUCGGUCUCGGCAGGAGGACCCAGAGCAGUUGCGGUUGAAACAGAAGGCCAAAGAAAUGCAGCAGCAGGAACUCGCUCAGAUAAGACAGAGAGAUGCCAACCUGACAGCGCUGGCUGCUAUCGGACCCAGGAAAAAGAGGAAACUUGAUUCGCCUGCUCUCGGCACUGACGCAGAGGGUUCCGGGUCUUCAGCGAGCUCGUCUGCGGGUUUGAGUGGCGGCGCGUCACGGCAGUUCACCCGCCAACGCAUCACACGCGUAAACCUCAGGGAUCUGCUGUUCUGCCUAGAGAACGAGAAAGAAAGCACCCGCUCCCAGCUGCUCUACCGGGCUCUGCUCAAAUAGCAGCUCGAUUAGAGAGCAGUGCUCACAUGAACGUCUGAUUACGGAGCAGAAUAAUUACAGUGCGGCGCUCCGGUCGCAGCUCCAUUUCAGAGCAGUGCUCAAAUAGAAGGUGGAGUAGAGAGCACUACAGCACAGCCUGAUUACAGAGCAGAGUUCAGACAGCGGCGGCUCUGUCGAGCUGAUGGGCUGUGUUUCAACAGCAGCGUCUCUGACGAAUGCGGCUCCACUGGAUGCUGCGUUAAUAGCGAAUCCUCUACUGUGCACAGCUCGAGUAGCGGAAAGCGUACGGCAGCGCUGCUCACAUAGCGACCUGGCUCUACUGCUCCGUCUCGCGUCCAGCCGUCGUCUUCUCUCUCCUCCCGGUGUGUCAUGUUAUCUUUGUCUUUCUUUCUCAUGCCAUCUUUGUAUCAGUUUCGCUCUCGUCCAUUGUUUUAUCUACACUCUUUGCUAACUUAGUCAUUCAAACUCCCACACUCUUUCUCGAGGUCUCUUACUCCUGUCCGCCUUUUUUCCCCCCAGCUCACUCUGUUCCACGUUGUUUUUAGCUUCCCUGUGCUCUCGAUUUUAAUCUAAUGAAAAUGUGUCUAAAGAAAUUUGCAGUUAUAUAUUCAUUGUUUUUCUUAGAGGGUGGCUUUGUAAUGUGCAAAUUGCCGAUGUGAAAAAAAAAAAAAAACAAAGGAAAAAAAAAAAAAGAGAAUACACAAUGAAACUGCCCAUUCAUUUUGUAUUUGUGUUUUUAUAAAAGAGGUUUUAAGAAAUAAAAAUCAAGAAUGUUUCUAUAAAACACCUGUUUGUUGAUGUUCUUGUAAAGCCAAUUUUCAGUAGGGGCAAAAGUCUUAUUUUUUAUAGGCACUCUUUAACUUAUGUGCUUUUAUCAUAUCAGAGAUACAUUUCUUAUCCUACUGUAAUUGCCUUGUGACUUUAACCAGCAUACAGCACAAGUUACACACAGGCUGCGUCUUAAACUGCGUACUGUCGUAAUAAAAUAAGACACACAUGAGUUACUGUUAUGGUAUGCUAUUCAGGAGGAUAGUAUGUCGUUUGGGAUGCAGCGACAGCUUUGUAUUAACACUUAUAUAAAGUGUGGCCUUCUUGUGUUUAAAGGAGCAACUCAUUUUAUUAGUGAUAAAAGUUGGAUUUUGUUAGUUUUCCGCCUGGAGGGUUUUAAGGUUGGAGGGUUUUGAAGGGUUUUAGGAAUGGAGCGUUUUAAGGUUGGAGGGUUUUGAAGGGUUUUAGGGUUGGAGGAUUUUAAACGGUUUUAGGGUUGGAGGGUUUUAAAGGGUUUUAGGGUUGGAGGGUUUUAAGGUUGGAGGGUUUUGAAGGGUUUUAGGGUUGGAGGAUUUUAAACGGUUUUAGGGUUGGAGGGUUUUAAAGGGUUUUAGGGUUGGAGGGUUUUAAGGUUGGAGGGUUUUGAAGGGUUUUAGGGCUGGAGGGUUUUAAAGGGUUUUAAGCUUGGAGGGUUUUGAAGGGUUUUAGGGCUGGAGGGUUUUAAAGGGUUUUAGGGUUGGAGGGUUUUAAAGGGUUUUAGGGUUGGAGGGUUUUAAGGUUGGAGGGUUUUUGAAGGGUUUUAGGGUUGGAGGGUUUUAAGGUUGGAGGGUUUUUGAGGAUUUUAGGGUUGGAGCGUUUUGGGGUAGGAGGUUUAGGGUUUUUGGGGUGGGAGGGUUUUAGGGUUGGAGGGUUUUAGGGUUGGAGGGUUGGAGGGUUUUAGGGUUGGAGGGUUUUGGAGAGAUUUAGGGUUGGAGAGAUUUGGAGAGUUUUAGGGUUGGAGAGUUUUAGGGUUGGAGGAUUAUAAGGUUUUAAGCGCUGUGGUGUAGUGGUUUAUGUUAGCGUUAGUGUUGGGGUUCCAGGAGGUGUGGCUUCUCUUCUGCCUUUUGGCUGGUUUAAGACUAAAAACUGCUGCAUCCUGCAUCAUGAAGCAAUUUAUGACAACAAAAGUCACUUCUUGCUUCUGUCCCUCUCUGGCGUACUGGUUAGUGUUUGUGUUUUGGUUUGUGCAGGUUCUAACCCUUCUUUUAGCUGGCUUAAGAACAAACUAUGCUGUUGUAUUGUGAAGUUUUUCAUGAAGUCUAAAAAACACACUCACACCCAGGUACUGUUUAAAGCCAUCUGUGGUUAGAGUUAGUGUCAGUGUUGGGGUUCCAGAGGGUGUGGGUUCUCUUCUGCCUUUUGUUUGGUUUAGGACAUAAAAUUGAUGCAUCCUCAUGAAGUGAUUUAGGAAGUCCAACACACUUGUUAUGUUUGUCCCUCUGUGGUGUAGUGGUCAGUGUCAGUGUUGGGGUUCCAAAAAGU